AUGGCUCAGACCUCCUUGAAAAUUAGGCUGCAGGGUUUGGAAUGCCACUUCACCUGGAAGCUGGACGACAGCAGAUCUAAACUUCAAAGCCUCAGAGAAACGAUGAUAGACAUCAGCAGCAGAGAGGGGGUUCAAUGUUCCUGGACGGGUCAUCUGUACAACCUCCUGGCUUACCUACACUACGCUUUGGGCUCCACAGAGGACGCUCUUCAUUGCCUGAAGAAGGCUGAAGAGGCCAUUCGCCUAAACAGCCCAGACGACGUGGAGCUAAGUCUGGUGGUCCACUAUGGGAACUUGGCCUGGGUGCACUAUCACCAAGGGGAGCUAACAGAGAGCGAGACCUAUGUGGAGAAGGUGGGGAGACUAUUGCGGGACAACCCCUCGUCCUGCCCAGGUGUAGUGUGGGGCGAAAGGGCCUGGACUUUGAAUAAGUUUGAUGUAAGCAAGAGGAAGGCAGCGCUAUAUUGCUUCCGGAUGGCCUUGAAAGGGGAUCCUGAGAACAAGGUGCUGCGCUGUGGCUACGCCAUGGCAUUUAAUAAAUCUGUUGAUAGGAAAGACAUUACCCCGGAGCUGCGAUCUGAGAUGUUGGAGCACCUACGGAUUGCUAGAGAAUUGGAACCAGAAGAUUUGUACAUCACAGUGAUGUACCUGCAGAGGCUUGCAGAGAGUGGCCAGGUUGAGGAAGCAUGUAAACUUGCAAAGGAAGUGAUAGAGAAGCCUUUGGACAGCUUUGGUGGAUUUGGAAUCUUGCUAGAUUUUUUCAAAGAUUACAUCUCUCAUGAUUCAAGCAUUGACCUGGCAAGAAGGACCCUGGAGAGGCACCCCAAUUCACGCCAGCUGAAGAGGCAUCUUGGGAAGUGUUACAAAUGGAAGAUUUUCUCUCCGGAAGAGAAAAGGAACCCAAUGAGGCAUAUUCUGAUUGAAAAUGCAGUCAACCUUUAUGAAGAGGUGGUCACACUCUACCCCAAAUCCCUUGCAGUAAAACUGGAACUGACUGCCAUGUACAAAGAAUCUGGCAGAAUUGAUAGAGCAGAUAAAAUAUUUGAGGACCUGCUUCUUGAAAUAGAAGGAAUGGAACCACAGGAUUUACAAAAAUUCUACAACUGGUGGGCUCAGGGUUUGACAAGCCAAAAUGUUGAAUUUGUUGACAAGAAAACAGCCUGCUACAUUUGUGGGAAUUACAUCGUUUUCCUGAAUAUAGAGACGAACAUUAGAAGUGUGCUGCAGUGUCCUGGUCGAGGUAUUGGUGCCUUCACAGCAAAUGGACAUUGCAGGACACUUGCAUUCUCCAACCAUAAACUAAAUCCCUCCAUAUUUGUGUACAACUACCCUGAACUUAUUCUGAAGAAUGAACUGAAGGGAACAGCCCAUGUAGACUACACAUCUCUGGCACUAAGUGAUGCUGGUCCUUAUUUGGCCUGCUGCUCAUCAAUACCAGACCACACCAUAACAGUAUGGAACUGGGAAACUGGGGAUCCAAUUUGUAACCAACCACAAGCUGGAAAAGACAUCACCUCUUUGGUGUUUAACCCAAUGAACUGGCUCCAGAUUUGCUCUUUGAGUGCAUCAUCAUCCCUUACAGUUUGGAACAUUGAGAAGAGUGACAGCUUUCAUAUAAUGAAACCAGGUGUGAUAGAUCUCCCUGCGACUGAUGGCUGUCUGGUUGAGAGGGAGAUUAACCCCUCUCAUGUCCCCACUGGAAUACUCACCUACUUCGGACCUCAGAUGCCCACCUCAGCCAUCGCAGGGCUUGCAGAAGACAAGGCAGAAACCUUUGUGCCCAAAGAGCGCAUCAAGACCAGGCUAAGACCUAGCACCAUCUGCUGGACAGCCUCAUCAGAGCUCUAUGUGGGCUGUCAGGAAGGCCACCUACUGCAGGUUGACCCAGACUCUCUGGCUGUCUCUGUCCUCUUCAACCCCUCAGCUGCAGAUGACAUUCCUGGGUUCCAGCAGGGUAGCUUCCAGAGCUUAGCCCUGCACAAGGAUGGACUCUUUGUGUCAGGAAAGGGGCGCAUCUACAGGUAUAAACGAUCCCAGUGUGAGAAGGUGGUGAAAGUCCUGGACGUUCUCAGUGGAGACUUUGUGGCAGCAGCUUCACUGUACACUGAUAAUAACUUAUGUGUGUCAGUGAGGGACUCAGGAGAGUUGCAGCUCUGGUCUCUAGAUGCUGGCUUCUGCAUCGGCUCUAUAUCUCUUCAAGUGACCAGUUUGGCCUGCUGUCCGAUUGCUCAAUACGUUGCCGUGGGAACAGUGUCGGGGCAUGUCCUGUUCAUUGAGCUGACCAGGGAGCAGCAGCCUCGUCUGGUGCACAGUGUUCACCUCUACUACACUCCUGUGGACCACCUACUUUUUGAUCAAGGAGGAAACUUCCUUAUCACUGGUACCUCGGAUGCAAAUAUAUAUGUGUUGAAUGCAAGGGCUUCCAGAGAAUUUGAAGUAAUCGGAUACACAGGUGCUAAAGGAGCCAUCGUGUCCCUCUCUACCCAGUACAGCCGGGACAUUAAGCAGGUCAAACUGCUGGCUCUGUGUGCUGGAGAGAAGGACAUAGGCCGAGGGGAGGGAAGUCUGCUUACACUGCUCACUCUGCCUGUGCAGGAGCUCACAGGGGCAGGAGUGUGUGCAGACCUGAGAGGAUGUCUUUCCAAUAAUGUCCUACAGCGGUGCACAUAUGAGGUCCCUCACGCACUCAGCUCCUCUGCCCUGGGAGCCAAUAAGAUCUUUGGCUACUGCCAAAAGAGAAAAGCUCUCCAGAGAUUCCAGCUACCUGAGAGCACAGAAUGGUCCUCUGACCAGGAAGUGGUCCAGUUGACCCCAGAGAAGGAGGUGGAGGGUCACCCUAUGGGCCCCGCCUCUGUCCUCCUGUCGCCCCACCAGUCUUGGCUGGCCUCGGUGGGCCAAGACGGACUGCUGCGCAUCCGAGAGAUCUCCAGUCUAGACCGGUAUGUUCAGAUGCAGUGCCACUCGUGUUGGCUGGGAGGGGUGAGGACAGUGUCCUUUACCUCAGACAGUCAGACAAUGAUCACUACAGGCCUGAAAGAUGGCUCUAUGGUCUGUACAAGACUAAGGCUGAAAAUGGCAGGUGUUGGCAAAGCGAAUGCAGCUACACAGUACAGCCAGUCUAUAGCCAAAUACCAGGAGAGUGUGAUAACAUCAGAGAACCCUAUUCUCAGUAGGAUGGCUGACUGGGACCCAGAGGCCCUGUCCCCUCCUGGGUCUGCAGAUCUACACAGAGCAGAGGUAGCCAAGGCCAAUGAUAAGCGACAGAUAGUUGAUGUGACGGAACAGGAUGAGAGCUCCACCAACCUGCCCUCAGCCACAGCCUCAGACUCCACCUGGCUGGACAACAAGCUGGAAGCGAUCCAGGCAAUGAUGCGUGAGAACGAGACGCUGCCUGACAUGGAGAAGCUGGAGCAGCAGGAGUUCAACCUGGAUGUAGAUGAGCAAAAGAGAUUGCAAGCCGAGGGGGAGCAGGAGGUCACCAGGGUCCGAAAUGAGAUUGAGUUGGAGAACCUAGCCAAGUGCUACCUGCGUGACGUCCUUAAGAGAGAAUGCUGGGAUUCCAUGAAGAUCAAAGGGCAAGCUAUCAAGGCCUUCCACACUGAACACGAGGUGAAGAACUACCCCAUGAAGGAGCGGACACAGCAGGAGCUGGAUGAACUUCAUAGAGUGGAGAGUAUGAGGAAGAUUGAAUGGGCUGACAGUAAUCUCCAGCAGGAGAUUCUAGAGAAGAAUAGCAAGACCACGGCGGAAGAAGAGGAGGAGGAGGAAGGUCGUGAGAUGGAGAGUGCUUCCCUCACAGGUAGCCUCAGUGCCCAGUAUGGAGGCUCAAACCCCUACCUCUACAAUCAGUUCAACCUGCACAUCAGAGAGCAGAAGAUCAACCAGAUCACUUUGCUACAGGAUGUCAUCUACAAAGUGAAGACAGCCUUUAACACAGACUUUAAGGGGGUGCACAAGCAGAAGGAGCAGGAGAUUAACCGAGUGAAAGAUAAGAAUCGUCGCAUCAUGGAGAUCAUGUCAGAGCUGGACCUCAAGAGGAAGCUGUGGGAGCCCAGCCUGUCUGACAACGAGCGGCCAGAGAGGGCACUGUCUGUGGAGGACUCUGAGAUUCAUUUUGAAAAGUACCUCACCCCAGAGCAGAGAACAAAAGAGGAGGAGAAGAAGAAAGAGGAGGAACAAAGACGACAGACGGCCAAGAGUGACAAUAUCAGAGAGCGAGCUCUGGAUGAAAUGAUGGGUGGAGUACUCGAGCUAAAAAAAGAGGACAUCUUGAGAGUGGAGGUGCCUCAGCCUGAGUUCAUUGUAUCCAAACCGGACAUUCAGUGGACAGAGGAAGAGAAAAAGAUUUAUAAAGAGUAUGAGAAGAAAGCCAAAGAACUGAGCGAGGAACAGGAGAAGUACAGAAAGACUCUGGAAGCUGAAAUGAAGAAACUACAGACGUCCAUCAUGGACUCCACUCAGGGGUUUGAUGAAACCUUGACCAAGCUCUUUGAGAGGAAGGUGAAAUCUGAGAUGGUUAUAUACCAGGAAGAGCUGAAGAUUACAAAUCUAGUUCACUCCAUUCUGAUAGAGGAGGAGGUUCUCAAUAGAGAGCGAGAACUCAGCCUCAAGCUAGAAAAAAACAGGGUCUACAAGAAUGAGAUUGGAGAAGAGCUUAAGAAGCACAAAGAGGAUGUAGAAAUGUUCCGGGAGACCUACGACAAUGUUGUGGCCGAGGACAAACUUCUCGACAGGGGAUUCAGGAAGGAGUUCUUUGAUGUCCCAGGCCAUGUUGUUGAUCAGCUGUACAAGCUAUACAAGCGCAGACCCAGGGUCCAGAGGAUGAGGACCCAGGCAGACAACAGUACCAGCCCCUUUAAAGAGCGGCCCCUGCCGGGCCCAGUGGCAGCAGAGGGUCUCUGUCAGAUGAUGAAGGCCAUGGAGGAGCUGGACGCUCCAGAGAACAUGCCUGAAAGCCUAGACUUGUCUGUGUGGGAGAGGUUCUGCCUGGCCCGCAGAGCCAAAGUUGAGAGUGAGCAGCAGGUGAAAGUUAAGGCUUUGACUCUGGCUGAAAUGCAGGCCUUUCUGCAGAAAAGGACCGAUGAGGAUGAGAGUGCAAGACUGGAAAUGAAAAGUCUCAUGGAUGACAUCAAUGGGCUACGAGAGGAGAAGAUGCGUUUCCGCCUGGACAUCAUGGUUCAGAUCUUGAUCAAGCAGGGCCAGGUGGAGGUGGAGAACGGAGACUUCAUUGCGGACUACUCUGACUCUCUGCUGCUCCAUAAGAGUGUGGUGGAGGACCUCAACGGGACCAUCAGAGCUCUAGGAGAGCAGAAGAUAGCCAGCAUGGUGGAGUGCAAGGACUUCCGUAAGGGCAUCAUCCAGCAGGAGUGGGAGCACAAGAGGAUGAGAAUGCAGAAGGAGGACCUGAACAACAAAGCCAGGGACAUUCAGAUGCUGCGAGUCUCUCAGGAGCUGCAGGAGUAUCUCAGUGAGACGGAUCAUGACAACCGCAUAUCAAAGCAGGUUUCAACUCUGGAGAAAACCAUAACAUUACAGGAAAAGACUCACCAAAAGAAUGUGCUGACCUGUAAGAAGUUGAUCAAGCAGCUGAACAGACAGGCAGCAAUGAAGGCAGCGAAGAAUUCUGCUCUGGAUGAGCAGCUGACCAACAUGCAAGUGACUGUGGCUGAGAGGAGGCACAUCUGUGAAGCCAUAGCCAUGGAGGAGAACCAUGAGAGUGAUGCAGAGGAGAGGUACCAGGAGAUCAUCCAGAGGAAGAAGCUGGUGGAUCUAGCCAGGACCCAGGCUGAGGAGGUGGCUACCCUCAGGGCAGAGGUGGAACGCAUGAGGAUGAAGUCCUUCCCCGCUCUCACUCAGCUAAAACAUAACUGACAAGAUUUAGGAAACACUUUAUUUACAUUUUUUUAACAAAACGUCACAAACUGAUUUUCAUCUUUAAAUAUAGAACUCUAAUAAAAUAAAUUACUAUGGUA